AUAGUGCGGCUAAUUAUCCUGCCUCACAGAGUUCCAAAAACCAAACCCACCACAGUUUGGUUCACUCAAAAAAGCAGUCAUGUUCGGUUUUCUUGAAUACAUAUUCAAAAUUGUUCUCAUUACCUACGGAUCUUUUAUGAAUUUUGUCCUGUCAAUAAGUGUACUGCUUAACGAAAUAUAUUUUAAAGUUUUUGGAUCAGGUCCUUUAUUGGGAAUGGAGAAUGGCUAUGCAUACUGGACUUGGCAUAGCUGUUGCGGAACUUUGUUGAUCGUACUCAAAUUUAAGGAUUUAUGUUAUUUGCAUUGGUGGCUUCUAAUGACGUCGGUCUAUAUACUGGGUGGCCUCGUUCUCCAAUUGGUUGGGUUGGAUUUCCAGAGAGACGAAUUUGGUACCGCUGAGAAAGUCCAAAACUACUUCGGCCUGGGAUUUAUGUUUAUUAGCUUAGUAACAGUCGCUGCCUAUUCUAGAUCUUUAAGGUCUCCUGAAGAUACGUAA